CUGGCGGCGGUGGGGAAGAUGGCGUACCAGAGCCUCCGGCUGGAGUACCUGCAGAUCCCACCGGUCAGCCGCGCCUACACCACCGCCUGUGUGCUCACCACCGCUGCCGUGCAGUUGGAACUGAUCACACCUUUUCAGUUGUACUUCAAUCCUGAGUUAAUCUUUAAACAUUUUCAAAUAUGGCGGUUGAUCACCAAUUUCUUAUUCUUUGGACCUGUUGGAUUCAAUUUUUUAUUUAACAUGAUUUUUCUAUAUCGUUACUGUCGAAUGCUAGAAGAAGGCUCAUUCCGAGGCCGGACAGCAGACUUUGUAUUUAUGUUCCUUUUUGGUGGAUUCUUAAUGACUCUGUUUGGUUUAUUUGUGAGCUUGGUUUUCCUGGGCCAGGCCUUCACGAUCAUGCUGGUGUACGUGUGGAGCCGAAGGAACCCGUACGUCCGCAUGAACUUCUUCGGCCUUCUCAAUUUCCAGGCCCCCUUCCUGCCCUGGGUGCUCAUGGGCUUUUCCUUGUUGCUGGGGAACUCGAUCAUCGUGGACCUCUUGGGUAUUGCGGUUGGACACAUAUAUUUCUUCUUGGAAGAUGUCUUUCCCAAUCAACCCGGUGGAAUAAGAAUCCUGAAAACACCAUCUAUCCUGUUUUACAUCCUUAGGAAACAGUAGCUCAUGUGGAGUAGAGGAGAGGGGGAGCAGUUACAGAGUGUAUGUUGGAGAAUGAAAAAGUAAAAAUCAAUCAGUAAUCCCACUACCCAUGCCUUACUGUGAGUAUUUUUGAUGUAUAUUCUUUUAAUUUUUACUGUCUGUUCAUCUGGAAAAUGUUACAUCAUGACCUUCUCAAAGUCAAUAUGUCAGAACCAUCUUUACACCAAAAGUGUCGUACAUUCAUAGAAGUGCAGCCAUUCAUAGAAUAUCAGUGUGGCAUCAUUUUACCAGUUCCUUACAGGUGGGUGUGGACAUUGGACGUUGCCUUUUCCUUGUGUAGUUGGAGCGGUGACUAUUACUGCAGUAAUCAGUAACUUGAUGAUGAGUUCCCAAAAAUCCAUUCCUGGAAGUGGAAUUGGGAUUUUGUCUAUGGCCAGAUGCCUUCUGGGAUGGAUGUUUAGGUUCAUGUAGCAGGGUGUUCCCUCACCCACACCUCAUCAAACAAGGCAGGCUUUGUAUUUACCCUAUCCUAGUUUGAUAGGUACAAGACUAUGUCUCUAUGUUUUGUUUUGGGUUUUUUUUUCUGACUUUUGAAAGCAUUUUCAAAUUUAAAGUUACCAGUAAGAUAUGAUGGACUUUUUCUCCCUCGGGUAUUUGAAAGCAAUUUGUCAACCUAAUGUCUAUAAUCUUUCAUC